AUCGCGUUCGAUCGCCACCAUCACCUCCUGAACUACACAUUAGAACACCGCGAAAUGCUAAGUGCCCCUAGCCACAAAGUUGGUAUCAAUGACCAGAGGUAUCGAAAUAUCCAGGCUUUGGAGCUUGAUGGCGCAGCAGAGGAAUACCUUUCCGCUCUGACUUCUAUCGCGGACGUUCUCGGCCUUGAGGAACUUUCUUAUGCAAGUUGUUACGCUGCUGUGUCACGGCUGUCCCAAGAGGAGCUCUCCCUGAGACGGUCCAUUCUUCGUCUAGAGGGUGCAGAAGAAGAACUGAACGAUCACCUUGCACACACGAAAUAUGAGGAGGCUUUGAUUCGCAAAUGGAAGGACGAGCUCAACGAUGCCGAUUCAAGUCAGUCCACUGCUGCUUUGGAGAGGAAGAAAGCAACUUUGGCCGCGAAAGCAAGGGAGUAUCAGAAGACUCUAGAGACAGUCACGACGGAACUUCCGGAGACAUCGAUAUCUCUUAGUGAACUAUCAGAGAUGAGGGAAGGUAUAAAGAAGAAAGAACAAAUACUCAAAGAGAAACGUGCCAAAGUUCAAGCAUACCAAGGAUUACCACCAAACCUAGACUUGGCCCGUCUUGAGCUCCAGAAAGCACGGCAAGAGCGAAUGCAGCUCACGCAGCUUCGAGAACGGUUGCUCAGUUCAAUGGGGUAUGCAAGUCGAGUUUUUCAUUAUAGUACAGAGGGGGGAGAUACUAAUAGUACAUGUACAUGCGACGAAAGGCGGCAUUUAGUUUUACUUCAAACACACAAGAAAACAGAACCAAUGUGGAGGGAUGGAUAGAUAGAUGAAUGGAUGGACAGUCCAAACUGUGAGAUAUUCCAGGUCGAUGUCCUUCACAAGCCCUGAAGCGAGUAACGUAAGGACAAACGGAACGCUUAGAGAUAAGUGACGGAUGAAAGAGCAAGCAGAAAUAGAAUAAAUGAUGUCGUUCGUUAUACAGUGGUAUGGCUCGUGGACGUGAGAGCAUAGAGCACAGAGACACAGAACAGAGCAUAGUAAGUAGCAGAGUGGAGAAGAGAUAUGAACACAGGAACAGGGGAAUCAAACCAGACCACAGGA